CGCCACAGGGGCAAAGCCUGUCACCCCCAGGACCCGGUCACUGGGGAAAAACGAUAGAGAGAGCAAAGGAAGGCCACCGGGGAGAGGGAGUGGAGCCCCCAGGACAGCAUCUGAGAGGGGCACAGACCAGGCACAGGAGGCGAGGGGCACAGAGAACAAACUCCCCUCAGAAGUGGAGAAGAGGAGAGCGGAAGGAACCGAGGGAGGGACAGACGGAGCCUGAGGAGGAAAGAGGAGGGGAGACGGGUCAGGCCGGGCGGCCAAGGAGGAGGCUUGUGGCUGGGGGCUGCCGGCAGGAAGCUGGGGACAGGACCCACGGGCGGGCGCUGUCCCUUGGUGCAGUGGCACCCUGCUCCGGACAGAGGCACCAGCGGGCAGGCCAGGAUGUGCCUCUGAGGGCCACCGCCGAGCGCAGCCACCAUGGCCCCCAACGCAUUGUGGAGCUGCUACCUCUGCUGCCUGCUGACCUCGGCCGUGGGGGCAGCCAGCUACCCUCCUCGCGGUUACAGCCUCUACACUGGCGGCAGUGGGCCCCUCAGCCCCGGGGGACCCCAGGCCCAGAGUGCUUCCCGGCCUGCCAGCCGCCAUAGGAACUGGUGUGCCUACGUGGUGACACGGACAGUGAGCUGCGUCCUUGAGGAUGGAGUGGAGACCUUCGUGAAGCCUGACUACCAGCCCUGUGGCUGGGGCCAGCCCCAGUGUCCCCGCAGCAUCAUGUACCGCAGCUUCGUCCGCCCACGCUACCGGGUGGCCUACAAGACCGUGACGGACAUGGAGUGGAGGUGCUGUCAGGGGUACAGGGGCGAUGACUGUGCCGAGGGCUCUGCCCCGGCGCUGGGUCCGGCACCAACCACAUCCCGGCCCCGGCCCGCCCGCCCCAACCUCUCCGGCUCCAGUGCGGGCAGCCACCUGAGUGGACUCGGGGGAGAAGGCCCUGGGGAGUCUGAGAAGGUGCAGCAGCUGGAGGAGCAGGUGCAGAGCCUGACAAAGGAGCUGCAGGGCCUUCGGGGUGUCCUGCAGGGACUGAGUGGGCGCCUGGCAGACGACGUCCAGAAGGCUGUGGAGACGGCCUUUAACGGAAGGCAGCAGCCCGCAGAUGCAGCUGCCCGACCUGGUGUGCAUGAAACCCUCAACGAGAUCCAGCAGCAGCUGCAGAAACUGGACAACCGUGUCUCCACCCACGACCAGGAGCUGGGCCAUCUCAACAACCACCACAAUGGCGGUGGCGGCCACAGCCGGGCCCAGAGCCUGGCCCCCGCCCCUCCGGGCCCCAGCGGGGAGCUGCUGCGGGAGCUGGAGCGGCGGCUGCAGGAGUCCUGCUCCGGGUGCCUGGCAGGGCUGGAUGGUUUCCGCCGGCAGCAGCAGGAGGACAGGGAACGGCUGCGAGCCCUGGAGAAGCUUCUGGGCUCUCUGGAGGAGCGGCAGCGGCAGGCCCUGGGCCGCAGGCCCUCUCAGGAAUGCUGCCCUCCCGAGCUGGGCCGGAGACUGGCCGAGCUGGAGCGGAGGCUGGAUGUGGUGGCCGGCUCAGUGACAGUGCUGAGUGGGCGGCGGGGUGCCGACCUGGAAGGAGCAACCGGGCAGGGGGGCCACCCCCCCGGCUACACCAGUUUAGCCUCCCGCCUCUCUCGUCUCGAGGACCAGUUCAACUCCACCCUGGGGCCUUCAGAAGAACAGGGGGCGAGCUGGCCUGGGCGUCCUGGGGGGCUGGGCCAUUGGCCGCCGGCCCGGGGCCGACUAGAGAAGCUGGAGGGACUUUUGGCCAAUGUGAGCGGGCAGCUGGGCGGGCGGCUAGAUGUGCUGGAAGAGCAGGUGGCAGGGGCAGUGCAGGCGUGUGGCCAGCUCUGCUCCGGGGCGCGGGGGGCUCAGGACUCCCAGGUCAGCGAGAUCCUCAGUGCCUUGGAGCGCAGGGUGCAGGACAGUGAGGGGCAGCUGCAGCUGGUGGGCUCGGGCUUGCACAAGGUGGGCGCCAUGGGGGAGGCCCAGCAGGCCGAGCUGGAGGGACUGCAAGGGGUCGUGGGCCAGCUGCAGGCUCGUGCAGAUGCCCUGGAAGACACCGCGGCAGAGCUGACGCUGCGGCUGAAUCUCACAGCUGCACGGCUGGGCCAGCUGGAGGGUCUGCUGCAGGCCCGUGGGGAUGAGGGCUGCGGGGCCUGCGGGGGUGUCCAGGAGGAGCUGGGCCGCCUCCGGGAUGGCGUGGAGCGUUGCUCCUGCCCCCUGCUGCCCCCUCGGGGUCCUGGGGCAGGUUCAGGAGUUGGGGGCCCAAGCCGAGGGCCUCUGGAUGGCUUCAGUGUGUUUGGGGGCAGCUCGGGCUCAGCCCUGCAGGCCCUGCAAGGAGAGCUCUCUGAAGUUAUCCUCACCUUCAGCUCCCUCAAUGACUCCCUGCAUGAGCUCCAGACCACUGUGGAAGGCCAGGGCGCUGAUCUGGCCGACCUGGGAGCCACCAAGGACCGCAUCAUCUCUGAGAUCAACAGGCUGCAGCAGGAGGCCACAGAGCACGCCACGGAGAGUGAGGAGCGCUUCCGGGGCCUGGAGGAGGGACAGGCACAGGCCGGCCAGUGCCCCAGCCUGGAGGGGCGAUUGGGUCGUCUGGAGGGGGUCUGUGAACGGCUGGACACUGUGGCUGGGGGACUGCAGGGCCUGCGUGAAGGCCUUUCCAGACACGUGGCUGGACUCUGGGCUGGGCUGCGGGAAACCAACAGCACCACCCACACGCAGGCAGCCCUGCUGGAGAAGCUGCUAGGGGGGCAGGCGGGCCUGGGCAGGCGGCUUGGCGCCCUGAAUAGCUCCCUGCAGCUCCUAGAGGACCGGCUGCACCAGCUGAGCCUGAAGGACCUCACAGGGCCUGCAGGUGCAGUUGGGCCCCCUGGGCCUCCUGGACUACAGGGACCCCCAGGCCCUGCUGGACCACCGGGACCUCCAGGCAAGGAUGGACAAAAGGGGCCCAUUGGGCCUCCAGGUCCCCAAGGUGAGCAAGGAGCGGAGGGGGCACCAGCAGCCUCCGUGCCCCGAGUGGCCUUUUCAGCUGCCCUCAGUUUGCCCCGGUCUGAACCAGGCACAGUGCCCUUCGACAGAGUCCUGCUCAACGACGGAGGCUACUAUGACCCAGUGACGGGCUUGUUCACAGCGCCACUGGCUGGGCGCUACUUGCUGAGCGCGGUGCUGACUGGACAUCGGCAUGAGAAAGUGGAGGCGGUGCUGUCUCGCUCCAACCUGGGUGUGGCCCGCAUAGACUCGGGGGGCUAUGAGCCCGAGGGGCUGGAGAAUAAGCCGGUUGCCGAGAGCCAGCCCAGCCCCGGUGCCCUGGGGGUCUUCAGCCUCAUCCUGCCGCUAGAGGCCGGGGACACGGUCUGCAUCGACCUGGUCAUGGGACAGCUGGCGCACUCGGAGGAGCCGCUCACCAUCUUCAGCGGAGCCCUGCUCUACGGGGACCUGGAGCUUGAACAGGCGUAGGCAGGGGGCGGGCCGGACUGGCCCAAGUGUCUGCGCCGGUGGAACAGUCAGCUGGAGUGGUCGCCGCGCGGCGCCCCAGGUCCUGGCGAGCCUCGGCGGCAGCCUUCUCCCCACUGCUGGAGCACGCCGGGACAGGGACUCCGGGGGCCCUCGUCCAGACUUUUGGUCGGAUCGCCAUCCCCUGCAGGGCCUGGACUGCGGAGGAGCGGAUCCUUGCACCUCUGCACCCCUCUGGGCCGACUCCCUGGGCUCCAGAGGUCUCCGGUCCCCACCGCCAUACUAAACUAUUCAGGAAU